ACACGUCCGGUGUAAUGUUCCCUUGGUGUUCGUUUGAACGUCACCGAAUUAAAUGAACCGGAAACCGAAUUUUUGACCGGCGGAGGGCCGAUUGUCUGGAAAAUUCUGCUGCUAGAACAGAAUAGUUUCACCUGAAACUGGGGCGUUCAGGUGUUUUAACAUGAGAGACACCAAAGGAGAGGCGAGGACAGACAGGACAGGUUGGAUGAUGUUCUGUCGCUGCUGCUUCGUCCUCAUUCUGCUCUUCACUUGGUCCUCGGCUCACAAUGACUUCUUCACCUCCAUCGGCCAAAUGACAGACCUGCUGUUCAUGGAGAAGGACCUGGUCUCCUCCCUGAAGGACUACAUCAGAGCUGAGGAGCACAAACUGGAGCAGAUCAAGAAGUGGGCUGACAGACUGGACGUUCUCUCCUCUGCUGCCACUCAGGACCCUGAAGGUUUCCUCGGACAUCCAGUAAACGCCUUCAAACUGAUAAAGAGACUGAACACGGAGUGGAGGGAGCUGGAGAGUCUGGUGCUAACAGACAUGUCUGACGCGUUCAUCUCCAACCUGACCAUCCAGAGGCAGAACUUUCCCAACGACGAUGACCAGACCGGAGCAGCUAAAGCUCUGAUGAGGCUUCAGGACACCUACCAGCUGGACACCAACAUCAUCUCCACCGGAGAGCUGCCAGGCUCGUCGUCGGUCGCCUCCCUGACGGUGGACGACUGCUACGAUCUGGGGAAGGUGGCAUAUUCGGAAGCUGAUUACUACCACACCGAGCUGUGGAUGGUCCAGGCCCUGAAGCAGCUGGAUCAGGGAGAGACGUCCGGGCUUGUGGACGCCGUCACCGUCCUGGACUACCUGAGUUACUCUGUCUACCAGCAGGGGGAGCUGGAGAGGGCUCUGGGCUUCACCAAAAGGCUGCUGGAGCUUGACCCGACACACCAGCGAGCCAACGGGAACCUUAAAUACUUUGAGUACCAGCUGUCCAAACAGAAGAAGGCCGAGGCGACGGAAGAGGCUGAGGGGAGGCACAGGACGGUGAGUCGAGGUCGACCUGAUGAUUACCUGCCUGAGAGGAGGAAGUACGAGCAGCUGUGUCGAGGAGAAGGCAUCCGGAUGACUCCCCGCAGGCAGAGCCGCCUCUUCUGCCGUUACUACGACAACAACCGCCACCCGAGGUAUGUGAUUGGUCCGGUGAGGCAGGAAGACGAGUGGGAUCACCCCCGCAUCGUCCGCUACCACAACAUCGUGUCGGACAAAGAGAUGGAGAAGGUCAAAGAGCUGGCCAAACCCAGGCUGCGUCGAGCCACCAUCUCCAACCCCGUAACCGGUGUGCUGGAGACGGCCCACUACCGCAUCAGUAAAAGACGGGCCACGGUUCAUGACCCUCAGACAGGCAAACUGACCACGGCUCAUUACAGAGUCUCCAAGAGCGCCUGGCUUGGAGCAUUCGAACAUCCGGUGGUGGAUAAAAUCAACCAGAGGAUCGAAGAUAUCACUGGCCUGGAUGUCACCACGGCCGAGGACCUGCAGGUGGCUAACUACGGUGUCGGAGGACAGUAUGAACCUCACUUCGACUUUGGACGGAAAGACGAGCCGGAUGCAUUCGAGGAGUUGGGAACAGGGAACCGGAUCGCCACCUGGCUGCUUUAUAUGAGCGACGUGCCGGCAGGGGGCGCCACCGUCUUCACCGACAUCAGAGCUGCCGUUUGGCCCAAAAAGGGGACAGCCGUGUUCUGGUACAAUCUGUAUCCCAGUGGAGAAGGAGACUAUCGGACCCGACACGCCGCCUGUCCGGUUCUGGUCGGGAACAAGUGGGUUUCCAACAAAUGGAUCCAUGAACGAGGGCAGGAGUUCAGGCGACGCUGUGGCCUCCAGGAGACCGACUGACCACCGACCCACCUUCAUCUUCCUCCUCCAUCUUCCUCCGAGCUGCUGAGUGUGACUGCACAUCUUCUACAUGUUUAUUUUUUUCUGGGCUGUGUGUUGGGGUAUGUUUGUUUAGUCGGGAUUCAUGGAAAUCACCGCCUUUAUCAGGUUUAUUUCACAAAUAUUCAGACGUCUGCACAUCCCAGCCAGUUUUGUGUCGGGAACAAAGAACGCUGCAGAAAGAAUGGAUUCAGGGAGUGAAAUUAGAGCGUUUUAAUCCGUUCCAUGGCAGCAACAAGCAGGAAACACAUCGAAUUAAGCUUCUUCAGAGAAACCAGCUGCUCUAGAGCUCUUUCACUCCAGUUUAACAUCUUAAAUACAGCAAUAUCUGACAUUAUAUCUGAGCUGAUUUCACCAAUAAUGUCUUCAGUCUCCAGGUUAGCCACAUAAAAGUGAGCUGACAAACAAGAAAAUGUGCAGUUUGGUGUGACUGAUAGCAAAACAUCAUAGAUAUCACUAAUUUAAAUGUAUUAAGGAAAAAAAUGACAUAAUACAGUGAGAAAGAUCCGACUUUUUUAGCUUCCUGUCUCCUUUGUUGUUAGCGUUAGCCAUUAUUAGCUAACCCAAACACUCAUUAAAACCUCGUAUUUGUGUAUUUUGAGAAGCAAAACUUAACUUUAGCUCAACUUAAACAGACAUUUUAUUAAACAUUAACUCUCUCAGUGCAGCUUUUAGUCCCCAAAGUAAAGAUCCAGUUCCACAAACAAUUAAAUUAACAAGAUAACAAAAAGAAGACGCCUUUGAGGUUUUCUUCCAACCAAUGGCAGAAGAUAAAUGAAGAUUCACACAAGAAACUACAGAAAACACUCUAAUUUUAAUAUCUGUGUAGAUUCUCAGUCAUAACAACCCUUUCAGCUUCAGUAGAAGUCAACUGGACAUCUCUGAUAGCUUCUGGAGAUUCAUCUCAAAAAUGACUCCAGACUUUUCCAAAAUGACUAAAACCUUCUUAAAAUGACUCCAGAGUCAUCUGGAUUGUUAUGAUUCUCAGUCAUCAGUUCAUAACAAUUGGGUUGGCUUCAGUAGAAACCAACUGGACAUCUCUGGUAGGUUCUGGAAGACGAUUUGUCUUCCAGAACCUACCAGUUGGUUUGUACUGAAACUCCUACGAUUUUACUUCCAGUUUGUUCUCAUACAGUUUCUUUGUUCUUGACAUUUGAGAUGUAAAUGGCUGGGAUGUUUGAGUCGGUGCCUUCUGUUACUGUUUCACUCCUUUAAUGCUUCGCUGCAGGUCAUUGCUUUGGUCAAGUUUUAUUUUCAUUAUUCUCUUAUUUAUUGUCUAUUUUUUAAACUUCUUGUUCGUGUUGACAUGUUUAGACGGAAAACUAAACCUGAGAGGCUUCAAUAAUGUCUUAAAGCUGUUAGAAUGAAUCAACUUAUGGUUGAUAAUUUACUCCUGGUUAAAAUCUUUCACAACUGGGAGCUUCAGCAGAGACUUCAUCCACUUUCUUUCUUGAGGCAAACCAGAGUUUGUGCUGCAGGUUUGAAUCGUGUUUGAGUUUCAGGGUGAAUUUUGAGAGUUUCAUGUUUUCAGACCGGAGACUUUUUGAAUUUCUUCCCUCAGAGAAACCAUUUUAAGGUUCCACUGUAGACCCCCAUGAACACCAGGUUCUGUUUCCACAUCAAGAUUUAGUCUAAAGUAGGGCUGCAACUAACGAUGAAUCAAUGAAUCAUCUGAGCACAAUACGCGCUGCAUUGUGCAUAUAUAAUAUAUGUACGAUGCAGCGUGGAUGUCCGUCCGUGUUCAGCGCUCUGCCUGGACAAUGAUUCUGUUGCAUUGCGUGCCCAAUUCCGCUUUUGAUGACGUAUCGUGCUCAGACGAUUCAUUGAUUCAUUGUUAGUUGCAGCCCUGGUUUAAAGAUCUAAAACUGGAACCUUGUCUGGAACAUCAGAUUCUAAUGAUGAUAGAGCCUCAACAGUUGGAGAAAUGUCGACCAAAGACUGUAUUUUAGUAGAAAUAUGGAUCCAUCCAUAUGUAUACACUUACAGGAACUUUAUGGAGACACUAUACCAGCCUGGGUUGAAUGUUCGGCUCUUUUUUUCCAUUUUCAAGAACUAAUAAUUGUUGAUUAUUGUCAUUCUGGACAGUUCGGAGUCAUUCUAGGCAAGUUUGAAGUCACUUUGGACGGUCUUUUUUCUGAUUUUGGACACAUUUUUCAACAUUUUGGACAAAUUUUUUGUAAUUUUUGGAAAUUGAGUCAUUCUAACCAGAUUUUAAGUCAGUUUUUUUCUUAUUUUGGACAGAAUUUGAAUCAUUUUGGACAGUUUGGGGUCAUUUUGAUCAUUUUUGAGUCAUUUUACACCAAUUCUAAGUCUAAACAUCUAAAAACUGGAACCUUAUCUGGUCAGACUUUCCUCACAUCAGAUUCUACUGAUGUUAGAGCCUCAAAAGUUGGUGAAAUGUCGACCAAAGACUGUAUUUUAGUAGAAAUAUGGAUCCAUCCAUAGAUAUACACUUACAGGAACUUUAUGGAGACAUUAGGCCAGUCUGGGUUGAAUAGUUUGCACUUUUUUUUCUUAUUUUUAAGGCCACUAACAAAGAAAUCCAUCCUCUGUUGGAUCCAUUCAGUCGUUCUGAUCUGAUGAAACUAUUCUGUCUGAGUUCUCGCCAAGUUUCAUGGCUGUAGGAAUUUAAUUUCUGGAGAUAUUCAGCCAUUAAAAUAGCUUAUCAGGUGUUUUUUUGAGAGGAAAAGUCCCAAACUUCUCAGCUUGAAAACAUGAAAUUCUCCAAAUUCAGCCAAAAUAUUUGACAGAACUUAGUUUUGGAUCCCAAAAAACAAAAAAACUCUGUUCUCCGAAAUGACACCAACUGACCCCAAACUUCUGCUUCUUUCUCUUAUUUUAGAUGUUUUUGAUUCGGUUUGUUCAAGUUUUGGGUUAUUUUGAACCAUUUGUUUGAGUCAAAGACUAGUUUUAGUAGAAUCCAUGGAUGCUUCCAUACACUCUUAAAGGAACUUUGUGGAGGUAAAAAGGAGAAUUCUGCACUUUAUUUUCAUUUUGAAGGUCAGAAAUGUAAAGAUUUGUCCUCCUCAUGAUCCAUUCAAUCCCUGGAUCUGCAGUGGUUUGAUUUCUGGAGAUUUUGAACCUUAAAAUGGCUCCAAAUGUUGGUUUUAAGGGUGAAAACAGAGAAAUUCCCAGAACACCAACAUGACUGGCCUCUGCAGCAACAACCAGAGUUCAGUUUUGAAUCGUCUUCGUGUCGCAGCUCCAGAUUUUUCACCCAGAAGAGAGAAAAUCGACUCUUUUCUGUUUUCAAAUGGAAACUGAACUCUCUCUCUCUCCGUCUAUGUAACUCGCCCGGUUCUGCCUCUUUAUUCCACCAAUCCGGCGUGUCGGUUCGUUUUCAGCCCAGAGGUCGUUCACUCCUCAAACAGACGCCAAACACAGGCUCCGCCCACUUCCUGUUUCUUCCCCAGACCUGCUCUGAUCUCUGCUUUAACCCUUUAAACUCCACACUGGGCUCCAUCCUGUGUGCCUCCAUCUCUGUUACCGUGGUUACAGACGCCACACAGUUUAUUUAGUUUCACUUUCAGAGUUUUAAUUUCAGACCCUUCUGGGGUUUAAGGACAGAUGCUGUUAAAUAAAUGCAGGAUUCUCGUGUUGAUGAAACCAGGCUGAGUUUGUGGUUCUGAGCAGGAAUAUUGUGUUAAACUGGUUUCUAUGAAUGUUGUCCACCUGCAGCAGGUGUUUCCAGGUGAGUCCUUCAUCACUCCCACUGAUGCUGUUUGUCUUUAUACUGUCGCUGCACUUUGUCUGGUAAUAAAUGUGAAGAACACAA